ACAGUUCAAUAUGUUAACUACCUUCGCAAAAGAAUGAAUUUUGGUAUAGACAUAAUUAAAAAUGAUGACAAGGCAACAUGUUUUUACACUGGUCUUACUCAGUAUUCACUAUUUAUAGAGUUGUUUGAACUAUUGAAACCUUUAGUUCCUGAAAAGCGUGAUUAUCUGUCACAUCUGUCAUUGAUUGAUGAAUUCUUUGGUGUUUUGAUGAAAUUACGAUUAGGAGUACCCCAUCAAGAUAUAGCAUAUCGUCUUAAUGUAACAGAAUGGACUGUGAGUAAUUUUUUUCAUAAGUGGCUUGAUGUAAUGUGCAUCGAGUUGAAGUGUCUUAUCCCAUGGCCUGAUGAUGAGCAGCUUAGGAAAAAUAUGCCACAGUCUUUCCGGAAGCAUUACAUGGAUGUGAAAUGUAUCGUGGACUGCUUUGAAAUCUUUAUUGAGAGGCCAACUUCAUUUGUAGCACGUGCUGCCACUUACAGUAAUUAUAAAAAACAUAAUACGGUAAAAGUAUUUAUAGCUAUAUCUCCAACAGGAUCCAUUUGUUUCAUUUCAAAAGGUUGGGGAGGGCGGGUUUCAGACAAAGUCAUAACAAGUAAAUGUGGCUUUAUGCAAAAACUGUGUCGUGGUGAUGCUGUUAUGGCUGACCGUGGUUUUAACAUUGUUGAUGAAUUAGCUGUUAUUGGAGCUAAACUGAUUAUCCCUGCAUUUACUAGAGGAAAAAAACAACUCUCUCAAAAAGAAGUCGAAGAAACAAGGCAAAUUGCUAAAAGAAGAAUACAUGUUGAACGUGUAAUAGGAAAUUUAAGAAAAAAAUACAAGAUUUUGAGUGCAACACUUCCUAUUUCAUUAAUAAAGGCGAAACAUGAUCAACCUGAUUCCUUAUGUACCAUUGAUAAAAUUUUGAUUGUUACAGCAGCAUUGACCAAUCUUUCUCCCUCUGUUGUACCAAAAUGACAAUGUUAUUUUAUUUUUA